GGGCGGGGCUGCCAGGUAGGGGAGCCAUAAAAAGGGAGGACAAGCCAGCCCUGGCUGAAGCUGGCCGGUGUCACCUACCCACUGCUACCACCACCCUUGCUGAGGAGACGGCCGUUGUGGGCUCUACCUUGCUUCUCAGCACCUGGCCAGUGAGCCCAGAGGUCUCCACUCAAGGAGUCAGGUCUCCACAAGGAGAUGGACCGAGUGACCAGGUACCCCAUUUUCAGCAAAUCCCACUCAACACGUAUCACUGGCCUGGCCCUCGAGGGAGACAACAGCUAUGCCAUUGAACUCGUGGGGGUGGGGCAUGAGGCCAACGAUUGGAGCCUGAAUGCACCCCAGGUGUGGGACACGGACUAUGGGGCCCAGUUAAACAUGGGGAGGACAGGGGCACCCUGCAGCAGGCUGGUCUCCUCCAGCCAUAUAUCCCCUCGGCCACUCCACCUGGAGGAAGACGACAACGACGAUGAGGAAAUGAAGACUUACUACUUAGAUGCCAGUGACGCAGUCCCCAGACUGCCCCAGGACCUGGAGUGGGAGCGCUGGGCGGUCAUCCAAGGCCAAGCGGUCAAGAAGGGGGGCAGGGUGGCGACCCUCAGGGGCACCUCUGACCACAGGGACUGUGGGCGCCCCAGUCAACCUCAGCCUGUACCCCUGGAGGAGAAUUUGGUAGACAGUGAGCAGAUCGAUUUCCUCUCAGCCAGACAGCAGUUCCUGAGCCUGGAGCAGGCGGCGCUGAACCCUACGCCCCCGACCCCCCUAGCCAGGGCAACUCCCCCACGCACCACACUGGGGCACAGCCAGGCCCCCAAGGCCUUGAAUGGGCCGUGCCUGGCCAAUGGGUAUGUGGUACCAGCCACACCCCAGAUGAAGGAGGGGGCCAGGGAGAAGAGGAGCCGUGGCUUGCCUGGUGAGCCAAGCCUGCCAGGCCUGGGCAGCCCUAGCCCACAAAACCGGGCUCCAUCUCCAGAAUUUCCCAAGGAGACCCCCAUCGAGCGGGAGAUCCGACUGGCCCAGGAGAGGGAGGCCGAUCUGCGGGAGCAGAGGGGCCUCCAGCGAGCAACCAGCCACCAAGAGCUGGUGCUGAUCCCCACCAGGCCGGUGCUGAGCAAGGUGAGCCUGACGGAGCCCCCACGCAGGGACCGGGGGCGCCCAUCCCUCUACGUGCAGCGGGACAUGGUGCAGGAGACACAGCGCGAGGAAGACCACCGGAGAGAGGGGCUGCAAGUGGGGCGAGCCUCGACCCCCGACUGGGUCUCUGAGGGUCCCCAACUUGGUCUCAGGAGAAGCUUCAGCUCAGACUCCAUCCUCGACACCCCUGUCCCGGAUGCCCGGGCGGCCGAUCAAGCUCCAGAAGUGAGAAAGGUCAAUCGAAUCCCACUUGAUGCCUACCAGCCCUACCUGGGAGCUGGGACACCCCAACAAGAAUUCUCAGCCUUCCGAGUGUACAGCAAGUCCGAAGGCCUCCCCACCGAGAAGACCCAAGCUGUGGCCUCGCUGAAGGCUACAGGAGCUCCAAGGCACCACUCAGAGUCUUCUGUAAAACCCUCCAGCUCAAAGCCAGCGCCUUCCAAGCCCCCGCGGGGAUCCCUGAAAGCCAACAGGGGUGUGGUGCGAAGGGAGUACUUCCUCCUGCGUCCCCUGAGGUUCCGGGUCCCAGAUGUCCCCCAGCAGGUUGAGGCACCCCACGUCUGGGGAUGGGAGGUGGAGGGGGCCCCAGUAUUGAGAUUGCAGAGAUCCCAGUCCUCAGAUCUGCUGGAGAAGGAGGUGGAGAAUGUUCUGCGCCGGGAGCGGGAGGUGGCGGAGGAGCGCAGGAACGCCUUCUUCCCCGACGUCUUCUCAACAACGGAUGAAGACUUGGAACAAGACUCCCGGAGCUCGUCGCGGGCAUCUGGCAUCACAGGCAGCUACUCGGUGUCAGAGUCUCCCUUGUUCACCCCCAUCCACCUGCACUCCGGCCUGGUGUGGACUGCUCAGGCCUCCCCCACAGACAGUGCUCCUGGGCAGAAGAAGAAGGAGUUGUGGUAUGCAGGCAUCAACCCCUCGGAUCAAGUCAACUUGGAGGUGCUGGGAGCCACGCGGGUGACACGUCACAAGAACGCCAUGGCGGAGCGCUGGGAAGCCCGUAUCUAUGGCAGCGAGGAUGAGGACUGAGCCUGGGGACGGGGCGCUCACCCCAUGCCCUGCCUGCACCCCGUGGGAUAACUGCCAUGACAGCACCGCGCCCCUCCACUGGAAACAGGACCUGAGGAAAAUUCCCUUGCUGCUGCUUUUAGAUGGGAGACUCUUCUUUUCUUUCAUUUCCUUUUUUUUCCUUUCCUAUCUCCCUCUCCCUCCCCCCCCCCCUUUCUUCCUUUCUU